AUUGUCAACGCUCUAAUGCCCUUCGGCCCGAGAUCUAUUUUAGCAUCACCAUGGAUACUUGUAGGUUUGGCGGUGACGGUUGGGAGUGACAGGCCAGCGCUAGGUGGCUGCUUGGUGAGGUGACGUCACGGGGGCGGGAUCUUGUGGCGGGAAAGGAGGUUCUGGUGCGCGCUCGCGCGGGCCCAGCAGAAAAUGGCGGCGAGUCUGUGUAAGAGCCAGCAAUGUUCCAUCGAGAGGCGCGGUUUUCGUCAGGAACUUGACUCGUGGCGGCACAAGCUUAUUCACUGUGUAGGUUUUGAGAGCAUUUUAGAAGGGCUGUUUGGACCUGGGUUAUUGAACGAUAUCAGCAUAUAUAAAGACUGUGAACCAGCAGGUGUAUGUGAUUGGUCCUUUGAUGAAAACUGCCUUUUCUGCUGCUUGAGAAGAGAAAAAGUCAAGGAACACUUGGCUGAUUUGCAUAAGCCAGUGACUGAUGUGGAGCCAGACAAUUUACUUAAACACGAAAAGUUGAAAAUUAUUCGGCUAGAGAAACAAGCUGAAGAGUUCAUCAAUGCUGUCUUUUAUAAGAAAGAUACUCCUAGGGUCUCGGACCCCAGUAUUCCUUUAGUUGCUCGUGAGAUCAUGCAGCGAAUGAUACGACAGUUUGCUGCUGAAUAUACCUCAAAAAAUAGCUGUACUCAGGACUCCAGUCAGCCCAACAGCACAAAUAACCAAAGCUUGCAGACUCCAUCACCUGGACAGACCUCUCCUCCCCCUGCAACUACUCAGAACCCAGUGCUAAGCAAGCUUCUGAUGGCUGACCAAGAUUCUCCACUGGACCUUACUGUUAAAAAGUCCCUUUCUGAAGAUGCUUGUGAGCAAGAAGAGGGAGUGCUGGACCUAUCCACUAAGAAAAGCCCUCGUUCUGGAAGCACGACUUCAAGCACUUCUCCAAGUACCUCAAAUGCUAUAGGGAAUGGCAUUUCAAGUACAGAAAAAGUCAGAAAUCCCAACGCGACAAGCUUAACACUGGAAAAUUUCAUGGUUAAACUGUGUACUCCCCACCAAAAACAGUUUAUCAAUGUGUUAAACAAUAUCUGCACUGAAGACUCGUCUAAUCAAGAAAAUAGUACUAUUGUUUCUGAUCAGCAGAACCUUGAGUUAGACGGUAAAGAAUAUACCAAAACCAUAUUUGACCCCUCAUUGUUGCACCUCAACAAGUUAGUUUGUCAUACACCUGCAAAUUCACCUACAGAUUUGGACAUUAAAGAUAAUGCUACAGACUAUGCAGGUAACCAAGCUUUCCUUGGUCUGGUUCCGGAGUUUUUAACUGCAACAGAGAGACCGUCCCCUGUUUGCUGUUCAGUUACUAAAUGCACACUUUUAAACUGCUCAUUCCUGUCCACUGACCAUGGAGAACAAACUACAGAAAAAAAACUUGUUUUAUGCAUGAAAACAUCGGAAGAACAGUAUAAAAUUCACAAUAUGAUCUGCCAAACUAAUCUCAAUGAAAGCUGUUUUGCGCCUCAAACUCUUUUACUGAAAGACUUAUCAGAUAAUACUCAAGAUUCUGAGUUUGAUUCAGUCAUUCCUAAAAUAUCAGUCAAAGAAAACGCUCCUCAAGCUAGUCCCAAAUCCUUUCUUCUGCAUACAGUGGAGAGCGACUGUAAGUUAAAGCAAGCCACUUCCGAAAAUACUGCAGAUUCAAGCAAAGAUGCCAACUGUUUAAAAAAUGAUGAUAUAAAUUCACUGGAAUGUUGUCAUCAUAGGUCUGAUUUUUUGCCAUCUUCAUGCAAAAAUGGUUUACAAGAGAAUAUCAAGCCAUGCACAUCAAAUAAAAAAUAUGAAAGAUUAUCUUCUGAGCAAGUGAGUAGUGAUGACCAAAAUGACCUAGUUUACAUAAAUCAUCCAGUAUGUGAAGCAAGACUGGAAAAUCAAAACUCUGCUUUGUAUACAGGGAGAGCAGAACAAUAUAGCUCUGUUCUACACUGUGCUGCUGGUGUAGGAAUUCCAGAGGCAUUAUCACUUGCAAGUAACAAAGAAUUGAAAGAACUAAAUGAACCAUUAAAUACUAUUCCCCUGGCUGAUCCAUCUAGUAAAAAAAACCUGGAAAACCAACUUGAACCACAGGCUAUAGACUCUUCUUGUGGCAACUUGAAUAUUAUGGCAUUAGGAGAAAAUUGUCUUAGUCCAAAUACUCUAAGCAAUUUGUCAGCUAGAGAUUUUGGUGAAGAAAUGAUUCAGUGUGUAAAUGAAGGUGUUGAAAGUUGUACAGAUUUUGAUCUCGUCAUUACACCUGGUCUUAUGUGUAAUGCGCAUAAGAGCAUUGCUUAUGAAAAUGUUCCUGUUAUAGUAAUUCCGAAACCUUUUUCAGUAGAUGUGAAUAAUUCAACAUCUUCAGAAAAUCUACCUGUUUUUAACACUGCGAUUGAAGAACCUCAACCAUCCACAGAUGAGUCUGUGUCCCUCGCUUGUUGCAAUGAUAUUCAGAAUAAUAAUCUCUUCCCUCCCAUUUGCUGCUCAAACCUAGAACAUUCUGGGAAUUUGUUUCAAUGUGUAACGUUUUCAGUAGAAGGGCCUGGUAGUGAGUAUUGCACAGACACUGCCAAUGUAUCUUCAUUUUGCAAGGGUGACCUGGGAAUGCCUGAGAUACAUGUAGAAAAAUGCUCCGUUCUUAAAAAUGUAGGUACUUCAGAACUAUUACAAAAAACAGUAGAAUGCUCAGCCUUUCCUAAUAUUAAAGGAAUGCAUGCGUUUAGUUGUAAGCACAUUGACGGUAAUUCAGUAAUGGGGACCAGAGCUGGAAGCCUUGUAGAGUCUGCAUUAAUAAGUGAGAGUGAACGUUUUAGUUCAGAUUUUUCAGGCAGUUUAGAGAUAGAAAGAGAAUAUUUAUCUGAAGGGAAUAGAAUAGAUCAUGAUAAUUUUCUAAGUACAACAAAUAAAGAAGUUGAAGAUAAAUGUCCAGAUAUGUUAGAAUCUUUUCAAGUAAAACUAAGAUGUUCAACUGCAGCAAAUAAUUUAGAUGAAAGUUCUAUGAUUAUUUCCAUUAAGGAAAAUAUUCCGAGUCUAUUGUCUAGCAGUGCUGAACAUUCUGUCACUGGUUCAGAAAAAGAAACUGCAAUUGAAGAGGGGCAGAAUUGUGAGGUCACUACAUUUUCCAAUGAAAACUCCUGGCUUUUAAAGAGUUUAAAUGAAGAGAAAACAAUAAACACAUACAAUCUAAAACCAGAAUAUUCUUUCAAUGAUAAAAUAUCUUCUAUGUCAUUAAAAAAGAAAUCCAAAAAAGUUCCAGUCCCAUCUGACAGAUGUCUAAGAAGUCGGCAUACGCAAGAAUCCAUAAAAAACUGCAUAUCUGAUGAUACAAUUACAGAUACACUGCAAAAUCCAAAUCUUCAGAUUUAUGUAUCCAUGCUUCCAGGUACAAAUAAUUUAGAGAGGAUCGUAGAGGUUAGAAGUAAAACAAAAUUAAAAUCCAACCUAAACUCCCAUCAGAAUUUUAUACAAAAUCUUUGUGAGAAAACCAUUGACAAUUCUAUAUGUGAGAAAAAUGAUUCAGCGCUUAUUUUAAGAAACUCCCCAGCUAAAGAAAUGGAUGUUUAUUCUGACAACUGUUUAUCCAAUAAAAUCUCUCUCAGAUGUAAGCAGAAAGAAAAAGUUAAAAUAUGUGUUAAUGUAGAUUCCAAAGAAAGGAGAGUGUAUUUUCCCUCAGAAACUAAUCAUUUGAUAAGCACAGAUGAUAAAGGUGGUACAGAUCUGAAAGUUGAUACACAGAAGUUAACAGCUACCUCACACUCAUUCAGGGCAAGGAAGGAAAACAAACACAGGGCAAAACAAUGGAAAAAUAAAAGUAUGGCUUUAUGGAAUUGUAGUUCAGCACCUUUGUCAUUGGAAGAUGCAAAUAAACAGCCUAACAGAAAAAUUAAGGCCCAGCAUACUGGCCAACAGUCACAGGGUUCUUUGAAUGCCGUCAGCUUAAAUGAUACAGCUAUUCCAAAUAAAUCAAAAUUUGUUGAAUGGUGUUCAGAAGAGGAAAAUCAGGAACUGAUAGCCAAUUUUAACAACAAGUAUAUGUCGAUUCACAAGAGCUGGAUUCCACUUGAAAAGGAAACCCCAAAUGUACAAAAAUCUAAAAAUAAAUCUGACAAAUUGAAAGAAAUCUGGAAAACAAAGAAAAGGUUACGUAAAAACAGAAGCACACAAGAAUCUCAAAAAUGUUCUGCUAUGCAAAUAUUAUUUCUGAGUACUCUUAAUUUUUCAGAGACUUGUAAAUAUUUUUUGGAAACAACAGAGACAAGAUCUUUAGUGAUUGUAAAAAAAGUGAACACUCGUCUUCCUGAAGAUCUUCCUUUACCUAUAUUCCCUAUGUCAAAGUACCCAUCUUCCAUCUCUUAUCAUCAUACUUUACAAGCAGAACGUUUGAAAAAACACCUUAAAAAAUUUGCUUCUGUUUUUCCUACUCGUAAUAAUCACAAGACAAAAGAAGCUCUCGUUAAUUUAAUUCAAAAUAAAGAAUUGCAGCAUGGUAUAUCUGGUUUCGUUGGCAAAGGAGAAUGUAAUGACAAACAAAAACUUGCAAUCAAAAGUGAAAAGUCAUUAGUUCACUUAAAUAGCACUGUUUGGGCCCAAGGAAAAAAGUGCAACAGUGUGCAUGGAAAGUUACAACACCAGGCCUUGUCUGUACCGUAUGCAAAAAGUAAACAUGGAGUAGAUAUUAAAGAAAGCAAUCCAAAUUCUAAAACAAGCAACAGAAAGGGCAUAGAUGCCAAAUUAUCCCUGGAGGUUAAAAGAGAGUUGCCUAAACACAAAACUGCUGACAAACAAAGAGGUCAGAAACGUUCUAAAGAAGACCUGAUAAAAUCUGGAGCACAUUUAACAAAGAAGAGGAAGACUGAAGUAAAAUGCAGUGCCGAAAAUAUGUUAAUCAGUUACAGUAAGCUUUCAUUACGAGCAAAAAAAGUAAUAAAGGUUAAAUUAGACUCUGAUGUCAGUGUUCACAACAAGCAAAUGGCAAAUAAAAUUGGUAGGUCAUCAACGAAUGGGUGUCUGAAAAAUAAGAAAGCAGCAGCAAAAAAAGUUUCAGCUAAAGUUCAACUUGUGGGCUUUACAAGUUCAGCUAAAACUAGCAAAAUAAAAUCAACAAAACGAAAACAUUUUCUGUCUAAAGUAACAAAAGAGACAAUAACAGCAUCACAGAUUAAAAGGACUGCUGAAAAGAUGCUUACUAGAUCUUUGAGUAAAGGAGGUUCUGUGCCCCCACAACAAAAAAAGAAAUCAAGAGUCAAAACGGGACUCUACUAAACAUAUCAAGAGAGAUUCAUUUCAGGUUAAAUAAAUGCUGUAGUGUAGUCAUAUUUUGCAUAAAUUAAAUGGUUUUAUAAGCUAUAGCAAUUCUUUAGAGAAUGGGCAAAUCAAUUUUAAGAAGUACUGUUGCUAAUACGCAAGUUGCUCUCAUAUAUUAAAUGUGUUUUUGGAUAUAUUUUCAGAUAUAUUUGUUUUCAUACGUUGGCAGGACUUAAAAAUACUUUGAAUUGAAUAUUAUUUUUGAAUCAUCUGCUAAUUUUAUUUUUCUGCCUCGCUUUUGGGACACAUUGUAAACAUUUUGAAUAGAAAUUUGGGGUCAGAUUUAUCAAAGGUCAAGGUGAAUUUUUGAAUUGAAAAAAUUCGAGUUUCAAGCUUUUUUUUCGUUUUGUACUAUUCGAAUUCGGCCGAAUACAGAACAAUUUGAUCGAAAACAGACCUUUUCGGCCAAAAAAAACUUCAACUUGGUGGGUUUUUUAGAAUUUGAAUUUCAAAGUUUUUCAAAUUCGAAAUUCGACCCAUGAUAAAUAUGCCCCUUACUGUGUAAACUUGAGUGCAGAAAAUCAGCCGUGGUGCUUUUUGGAAAGCUGUGAAUCUCACAUUGUAGGUUUUGUUGAAAUGGAGCACCUGCAUGCAGACUCCUGUGGAUGCAAUAAAUGUUAUUUAUUCAAGAACAACCUGUAUUUUCCAGUUUCCAGUUCAUGUGGCUAUAUAGGGAACCUGCUGCUCAACUUCAGAAUAAGUAGAGAGCCAUUUCCAGUUCAUGUGGCUAUAUUGGGAACCUGCUGCUCAACUUCAGAAUAAGUAGAGAGCCAUUUUAAUAUUUGGUUGGAUAUUUUUGGUGCUGAAAAAUUAACUUAUUGAGUUUCAUUUUUGAACAGAGAAUGUCAUUAAAUUACAGUGCCUUAUUUAUCAUUUGUUUUAUUUUUUUGUUUAGUUGAGUUGAACUGUGUGUGUUGUACAGAGGAGCCUGUCUUUUCAAAAUAACAUGCUUGGUAUUAGAUAUUGCAUGCUACACCACUAAGCUGUCAAUCUACACCAAUUCACCCAUGUCCAGAGACAGAGAGCAAACAGCUAAUCUGCUUCUGAAAGUGUAUAUAGUAAUACUUGGAAUACAAGAUAUUUUUUUUUGUUUUGCUACCUAAAAGAAAAAAGUAAUUUACUUGAUUGUGUUACCCCAUGUGCACCAAAGAUUUUUGGAUUCUCAUACAAAAUGAUUGCAUUGCUAUUUUAGAAAAUAACUUUUUACUUGUUCUCAUUAUAAGUCUGUUAUCUGGCACAGAUGGGAAGGAAAUUAAUGUAAUUUCACAAAGGAAAAUACAUUUCUGGUGCCCAACCUAUUUGGAGGUGGUGUAUGCUGGUGUCUCAGGUCCCUUUUCGGCGGCAAUACAAUUUUGAAAAAUGUUGAAUGAUCCGUUCUUUAAUGUCAUUUAUUUGUGAUGCACAAUAUAGGUCACAAUAUCUAUUUAUAGAAAAUGCCUUGUUUGCACUCAUUUAACCUUUAAUUUGCACAAUGAAACUGGUUACUGAAACACUGCAAAUCAUUCCUUAUAAUGGUGUUAAUUCCCUGUUGAUAGUUUAAAACAUUUAAGGGCUAAUUUAUUAAAGGAUUUAAAACAUUACAAUGCUAACUCACAAUUCAGCAUUCCAAAAUACUGUUCCAAAAUACCAGCUUAAUUGUGCCAGCUACAAUCAGGUACAAAAUUACUGCCGGUCACAAAUAUUUUUACAGUUGUGGAUUGUAAAUGAGCCUUUUAGUCGAAUAUCUCAUCUGAAAAUGUGGGUGUUUUUUUAAUACCAUUUCAAUGUGUUUCAAAGGUUGAAUAUUUGCUGUAACUUUUUGAUCAGGAUGUAUUGGACCCAUAAAGAAAAUUUAAAACCCAUGCAUUAAACUUCAAAUUUUAAUGAACACUGCACUGGGUGUUAGAUUGGAAGGUUUUUAUAUUGUUCCUUUGCUUUUACAAAGCAAAUUGAAUUAAACAUUUUUUGCAAGCCUUGUUUGCACUUGACUGAAGAUCUGAUUUUGUACUUUUAAAGAAAACAACUUUUAUAUGAAUGUUUUUAAGCAACUGUUGAUUUGUGUGCUCAAGGAUUGUGUAUUUUACAACUAAAUGUUAUCAUUGGAGGUACAGAAAUGGGAUCCAUUAUUCAGAAAGCUCUAAAUUACAGGAAGGCCAUCUCCCACAGACUCCAUUUGAAUCAAAUAACUCAAAUUCUUCUUGUCCCUUUUCCUGUAAUAAUAAGACCGUAACUUGUACUUGAUCCCAGUUAAGAUAUAAGUAAUGCUUACUGGAGGCAAAACAAUUCUAUUGGGUUUAAUAAAUAUUUAAAUAUUUUAAAUUUCUUUUUUAUUAGUCAUACGGUAUGGCGAUGCAGAUUAUGGAAAGCCCCCUUAUCUGAAAACCCCCAGGUCCCCAAGCAUUCUGAAUAUCAGGUCCCAUACCUGUAUUGGAAAUCAAAUGAAAAUGGACAUUCCAAAAUUAGAGAAAUUUUCUGAAGCCAUAUCUUGAUUCUUUUUAAGUAUUUUACAGCAUUACAUAUUAGGUGGAAACCUUAUACCGAGUUGUCAUUUGUAUUGUAUUUAUAACAAACACAACAAAUUUGCACAUCAUUCAUUUUGUAUUAAUGUACCAGAAAAAAAUGACUAGUAAGUGCCUGAAGCAGCACCUUUAAUUCAGUCAACUGAUACUACCUAUAAUGGCAUUAAAUGUGAGCAAGCAAUAACCCUCAUGUAUAUGGUAUCGAUAGGGCUUCUGCUAGUUUACUUCCACAAUGUAUGCAUGUACUGUAAAAUUCCCAUUUUUCAUAUAACAAGUCUUCUUCAUAGCUGGGUUGUAAAAAAAAUAAAAUCACUUUUAAAGAUGCAGGUCUCACUAAGAUUUAUUUUCUUAAUGUGGACCUUUUUAUUCACAAUACAGUAUCGGAAUUGCCACAGCCAUUUUCUUUGGAAUGUCUACUAAAAAAUUGUUUACAGAACUGUCUUUGGAAAUUAUUUCCUUAAUGAAAUGCAACCAUCCAGCAAAAUGUAUACACCAUAAUAAUGUCUUUUUGGUAUUUUUAAAAAAAAACAAAAAAAAAACAUAUUUUAAAAUAUAGCCUCUUUGUCUAGUGAUUUUUCCACUGUUGUGCUUUCAGGGAUGUCUAAUAACCCUGUGAAGACAGAUAAGCAGACGGUACUGUGUAUAGUGAUACAUUUAUCCCCAAAAUUCUAGAAGAAAACAACCCGCUCAAGUAAAACCUUCUCAGUUCCUGUAUACAGCAACAAAUGAAUACAUUCCAUUAUACUUAAACUGUACAGGCUAGAUUGUAGGCUAUUGGCGUUCUUCCAGUAAUCAAACCCAUUAGUGCCCAUGAUUUUUAUGGUGCCGGUUUUUUUUUAUAUAAAUUACACUGUUUACUCUGCAAAUAAUUCACUCUACCAUGUAAAAUUUCAUUCCUAACCCAACAAGUGUAUAUUUUUAUAGUUGUAAUAUUGGAGUAUAGGUAGCCAUCUUAGGUCAUUUUGCCUGGCCGUGUGCUUUCAGAAAGAGCCAGUGCUGCACUAUGGGACUGCUUUCUGACAUGCUAUUGUUUCUCCUACUGAAGGAGGUUACAGUAGGACAUUGAUUUUUACUAAUGAGUGCUGUUCUUAUAUCUACCAGGGAGCUGUUAUCUGGUUACCUUCCCAUUGUUCUGUUGUUAGGCUGCUGGAAGGGGGGGGUGGAUAUCACUCCAACUUGCUGUGCAGCAGUAAAGAGUGACUGAAGUUUAUCAGCAGAAAUCACAUGACUGGGGGUACCUGGGAAACUGACAAUAUGUCUAGCCCCAUGUCAGAUUUCAAAAUUCAAUAGAAAAAAAUCAGUUUGCUCUUUUGAAAAACUGAUUUCAGUGCAGAAGUCUGCUGGAGCAGCACCAUUAACAGAUGAGUUUUCUGGAAACUGGAUAUAAAAUAUUAAUAUUGUGUUCUGUGCUUAUUGGACAUUUUGUAUUUUUAUGCUGACAAUAUGACUGUCUUUUCUUUAGCUUUUUGUUUUCAUCCACAGUUGUUCCCAGCAGGCACUGUCUGGCCAUACACUAUAAGAUCCACUUGUUUAACAAGGUCACCAUGAAUGGAUCUUUUCCACCGAUUUGCCCACCCAGGAUGAUAUAAGGCAUCAAUCUGAUUGUUGGCCCUAUGGCCAAACGAUCGGAUUUCAACCAUGGGAAUAGGAGCUGUUGGAGUGAGGGCCACAUCAACUAGUCGAUUUGGUUGAAAGCUGGCCGAUUGGGGAGGUCCCCAAACACAGGCAGAUGAACUGCAGAAUCGGGCUAAAGGGCCUGAAUCGGCAGAUUAAUUCUGCCCGUUUAUGGCCACCUUUACUGUGCUUUCAUAACCUUAAAAAAAAACCUUGUUUUUUAGGAUACACCAAAGCUGCAGUUUUUUUCAUUAGUGUCAUCAAGCAGUCUGCUCUCUUAAAAGAAAAAUCUGUCAAGCUACAGUACAGGUUUCAAAUCUAAAAACUGCAGAACUUCUGAUUCUUUGUUUUAUUCAACAAAAUUAAACAUAUUCAGUGCUGUAAAUAUAUAAUAAUAUUGCCUAUCACUUGCAUGUACUAGUUCUGUGUUACUCUUAUUGUCCUCUGCAUAUUGUGUUUCAUUGCAUUAAACUGCUUUGGUUGUAACAUAUUUAAUAGUGAGAAAUGGGUCACUGUACAUAGAUUCAGUAGGACCUUUUUAUACAAUCGACAGGAACAUUUUUGCAACACUUGCUUAUAUGGACAUACAAAUAGAAUAUAUACUUUCAUAACAAAGUUAUUAGUAUUUUUCCUUAGACUUGAAAAUGCUAAUCAUGGCUAUGAUCAUAAAUCCAAUACAUACUGCCAGUCAGUAAUAAAAGCAUUUGCAUGGGGAGCAAAUUUGUGAUUUAUUAUACAAGAAGCAGAACCUUCUCUUCGUUCACUGAUUACCAGUUUUAUUAUCUUUGACAUGCAUCUACAAGCUUGUCUAAAAUCACUGAUGACUUUGUUUAUUGUUGUGCUAAAAAAUGGCAAAGAAACAGUGUACUUUUUCAGGGAAAGGUUUCUCUCUGGUAUUUUUGUACUGCAGUGUAAAUGUGUUUGAUCUUUUUAGACUUGUAUGUGCAUAUCUGGGAACUGUUCAUACACUGUGAAAACAAUGUAAGCUUAUAAUGACUUCUAAUUGUGGAUAUUGUAUUUCAGAAACUGAUUAAAAUGUCUGUAUUUAUACAUAUAAACAAGGAGUGUGUGAUUUAGCUUUUGUUUGCAACAAUUGCUAUAAACAUAUUUUCAGAAUUUUCUUGUGCGUAAAAAGUAGUUGUUUAAGUUUGCAUAUUUCCACCCAAUUUUACCUCGCUUUCACUCUGUAGCAUUAAAGGCCCAUUUUUUUGUAUGUCUUGUUUUUGUUUUUUUAUUUCUCUGUUGUAUAGAGUUGUAAAAAAAAAAUGUGGCCCAAUAAAUAAAAAUGAAAUGCUUUCUUACCAUUUGCUUUACUAAGAAGCUGCAUUGCCAAUCACCGAUGAGAUCCAGUUUGGGAGGACACGUUUUUCUUUACAAGUAAUUCAAUAUAAUUUUAAAUAUUCCUCCCUUUGUGCAAUUUCUUUUGCAUGUAAAGACAAUUAUUUUCUUGGGUUUUGAAAAAAAAUAAUCAGAUGAUGUGUCAAUAAACAAUUAAGUCACUUUUA